AUGAAUAAAGAAAACUUUUCAAAAUGUACUCCUAUCAAAAAAGGAAAGAGACACCGAAUGGCUGAUAAAGAUUAUGUAUGUUUAUGUUGUGGGACUAUACUAGUUGGUAUACGGUGCACAUAUAAUUUAACAACGUGCGACGGGGUUCUAGAGAAACUGGAAAAGUCGUUGGAAUGUCAGAUAAACAUUGACGAAAAUUCGUCUUGGUUUUUGCAAGUCCUGUUUUCGCAAAAUUGACUCCCUAACUAAGCGAUCUUUAGUUCUUGAAGCAGACAUAAAAGAAUUGCGAACUAAAUGCAACUUGUAUGCUUUGCCUUUGUCUUCGCAAACGCCGGAAUGUACAUCACCAAAAGUGCAAGUUUAUACACAAGUCAUCAAAAGAUGUGCUAAGUCAAGUCCUCAUCGUGCGAAAAAGCGAGCUAGAGGACCGUUGUUCGAAUCUCCAGCUGAAAAUGAUUUUAAUUCUAAUUUCACGCCACUAUAUGUAAAUGAAGAUGUAAAUGACCGUUCGUGCGACCAAAUAGUGUCGACUGAAAAUGAAGUAAAUACACGUUCUGUCGAGGUAAGAUAUUGUUUUUGUCUCGGUAUAAUCCUUUAAAGCUUUGCAUAUAAAAGUGGAAAUAAACUGAUUGUUAUUUAUAUGUGUAAUUGAUACAUGCAGUGAUGCAGAAGAAUAUACAGUCACUGUAUUAAAUGGAUGAUUCCAGCUAUUGACUAAUUUUUUGUCUGGACAAGAAAGACGAAAUCUAUCAUUAUAGCUCAAAAGAGCAUCCUAAAAUUAGUAAAAUUGCAAAGUUUGGUUGUGAACUGUUGUAAAAUACGAAAAAUAUAGCUCUGUGUCUGUGAAAUUAGCAUCAAAUUGGUGCAUUUUUCUGUGAGUAAUACUAAAAUACUCAACAUUUGCUAAUUUCACAUGGUUAUAACUUAUAUGUUUUGUAUUCUACAUUUUGCAACCAAAUUUGGCAAUUUUACUAAUUUAAAAAUGUUCUUUCAAGCUAUAAAUAUAAGUGAUAGAUUUUAUCCUUCUUGUAUGGAUCAAAACGUAGUCUAUACGACUAUACCUGGAAUCAUCAUUUUAAACACCGCAUGUUUAUUUUUAAAUUGCUAAAUUUAAACUAUAAUUAUAAAUUGAAAAUUUCUAUUCAAAACAAUUUAGCUGUGCAUGUUUAUAAUUGUCAAGUGAUACUAUUGCGCUUUUUUAAUAGUCAAAUAAAGUGCACAACUUCGACCGAAAACUUAAAUUAGAUGGUUUCGAUGUCUUGGCCUUGGGCCGUGGUUAAUAAUAUAACGAAGACAAAAACUAAGAUACAAAACAAAUAAGCAUUGGCUCGCUAAGAUAAUGCGUAAUGAAUAAUGUCAAUUUCAAUCAACAUUUUUGGUGUUCAUUAACGAAUACCCUCUGACGAAUACCUAUCCGAAUCGCCAUGCAUUUGUUAAAUUCUUCAAUUAAAUUGUAUUAUAUUUAUAUAUUAUAGGUCAGCAUUAAAUAUCCUUCAGGCAAUAGAACAAUCAAUUUGGAUGAUGAUAACAUUGCAUCUGUUGUCAUAAAUUUGGCCCUUGGAAUUUAUCCAACAGCAUUUAAACUUGCUCUACAAAAUCAAGAAAGGAGAAAGAUUGUAGAAGACCUGUUCUUGAAAAUCAUGGACAAUGAGUGUCAUGAAAUGUGUAAGAAAAGUUCUCAUAGUGUCCUUAAAGAUACUGGAGUUGAUGGGCUUACAAGUUUUCAGCUAAAUAAAUUCGAAGAAGAGUUUAAGUGCAAGGCACCAUUGACUACAAAGACACUUACAUCAGUCUGUCACUCAAAGAGGUCUAGAAAAGCAACCUGCAAUUCCAAUGUUAUAUCAACUGUUGGGGCAAUUAUCCUCUACUCAAGAUGCCCUCAGAUGUCUGCUUUGGCUUAUAGACUUGGGUUUGUAAUGCGACAUGCUGGUGCAGGAACAAUGGUAUGUAUUCAAACAUGUUAGUAGAGUUUUAAAAUUAUUAACCCUCUUAUGAAGGAAUUGUCUCAAUAUUCUCCUUUUGCCAGAUCAUCUGGCAUUAAAGUAAAAAUAUUAUGUUUUUGCACAAUAUCUGCAUGCAUGAAUUAAAAGGUAAUAUACUGUAGUUGGAAUAUAUACUAUACUGUAGCUCUAAUGCCCAGCUGUAGUACAGUAGCUUACUUUGCUAUUCUACCCCAACGUGUCAACUGAAGACCUUGCACCUUAAUUAAUUAAUCGACCAAUUUCUCUUGUUAACCCUAUAUGGUGCAGUACACCCUUGUGCAAACUACUUUAUUCUGACUAUAACAACAGACAAGUUCACUUACUGUAUCAAAAGGAUACCCAUGUGCCUUAAUGGAUAAUUACCCCAUUGAUUGGCAGCACUCUCCCUCUGACGAGUAAAAUUGUCUGGCAUUAGGCAGAGUGAAAUAAUCUGGCAUUACUUUAGACAGAGUAAAAUAAUAAUGUAGGGUGCAUUGCCACUUAAAGGGUUACUAACAGUACUCAGGCUGUUUCAUGAUGAAGGCAAAUGGAUUGUGGCAGUUAAUGGAUCAGUUGCUCCCAUCGCAUAAUUGCCAAUAAUAAAAUAUGAGUGCUGUCUCAAGCCAGAGUGGGUUGAACACCAAAAUAAGUUAUUUCUGGUUAUUGUAGGGACUAGAAGCACUCCACAAACAUGGUCUAACAGUAUGUCAGAAGACGCUGUCAUUGAAAACAAAAGAGCUUGGUAAAAGAUGCGACAAUGCAAUUUGUCUGUGGAAAGGAGAGUCUGUAAUGUGGUUACAGAAAGAAAAAUGUUUAAAUCUACUGGAGAGUAGGUUGAAAGAACUAAGUUACCAUCCCAACAUGCCAAAUGUAUCAGACAUACAACAGUAUCUUGGCAAGGAAGACCAUGAAAGAUUGGUAGCAACUGUGAAUCCAUCUAUGAGUAGUUCAACUGAAAGCAUCAAUGAUGAAUUUCAAACCCUUGAUGUUGGAAAACUGAACUUGUGUUAUAGUAACACUAGCUCAACCAAACUAUUACACAAUAUCUGUUCAGAACUAAAAUGCAAAGACAUUGAUGACACUUGUGUUUAUGAAUGUUUCAAAGACAUAACAAAACAGUCACCUGACAGUCCUGAUCUGCUUGAAGCAGUGCGUGCAUGCAGUAAGGAAUUGAAUUCCCAUUUGUCGUAUCAGAUUGUUGGAGAUAAUGUUGACUUGGAAGUGAAAGUUCGCCACAUGUCUGAUGAUAACAAGAAUAAAUCUUUGCACUAUUUCAAUUUGGAUGCCUUUAAAGAUCAAGUGAGUGGAGAUGCACUUCCUGAUAUACAUGAAAAGACCCUAGAAAGUAUUCCAAUAUCUUCAUUUCUUCCAUCGCAUAAAGAUCUGGACAGCCUUAAGAGGGAUUUUGUAGUCCUAUGGUCUCGUGUUGUUGUUAAACACAUUGAGUAUUUUUAUUGUUUCAAGAAAUGUGUGAUCUACCACAUCCCACACCAGUACAGUGAUGUGAUGGUUAAUCCUGUAAAAGAGGUAAUUGAUAACAUAGAGUGUCUUGAAAAAAUGCAAUAGCUGUGUAUGUUUAUACAGCUAUAUGUUAGUGGGCAUAGAGAAUGAAAUGUAAGAGAUGAAUUUUGACCCUUAUAUAAUAUUAUUGGUAUACCAGACCAAUUAAAUUGUUAUAUUCAUUUGGCUCUAAAAAAUACAUUUAGUACUGCAUGGGUCAAUGGACAUUAUGUACUGUGUCGAUCAGUUGUAUUACAUAUUCAUAGUGUAAUUAUACCCUUCCUUUAAGCAGCCAUAACAUUGUUUACUUUACUUGUACCAAGCUGCACUGAUGAGGCGUAUAACACCGAAACACACACACACAUAUAUAUAUGUUCCAUAUAAUUUCCAGACCGCGCAAGAAGGAAAUUUUGUCCGCUUCGGCUGGGUUUCAAACCUGCAUGACAAAUUAUAUCAAAGCUCUAACAACUGAGCUACAUGUUAAGGAUGGAUCAAAGGAUAGAAAUUCUGAACAGUUUUUCCCCUGAAAAAGACAUGUCUCUAAUGUACUAUGUUAAUGUAUAAAUCAAUUAUUGUAGAUUCCACUGGGAGUUCUUCCAAAAAAUGAAAGUAAGAAUGAGGAUAUGGUUGAUAUCCUGGAAACAAUACAGGAGAAAUAUGUCCCUUUUAUAACAGUACAAAAUGAGAAUGGGGAAAAUGUGACAUCAGCAGAUACUAUCUUCUUUGGUGGAGAUCAAUUGACAGAGGAGCGUGCACGGAAUAUACAAAGAGCCAGAGCAGAUGGUCAAAAUAAGAAAGAGAGGCUUGAAGCAGUUUACCCGAAGAAUGAGGACUGGCAUGCCAUUAGAACUGCUUAUAAGGUCUGAAUUUUUUAUUUUAUUAACAAAUCAUGUAUUUAUAUUAUAUUAUAUUAUAGUCUUAUUAACUUCCCAUUGAAGUGAAGUGCUUGAAAUGUCAAAGUUUUACUUGUAUUUUUCAGGCAGUUGAAUCCAUAUCCAUCUGCAUUUCCCUAUUAUUAAUAAACUUCAAAAACGUAUUAAUAAUUCAUAAGGAAGACACAAAGGAAAUCAAUACUGUGGCAAUGUUUUUUAUAUAUUUAACCCUUUAAUUAAGUGUCAAUGCCCCCUGGUGCAACAUACUUUAGUAUUUUACUCUGUCUAAUGCCAGAUGAUUUUACUCGUCAAGUGGAUAGUGCUGCCACUCAGUGGGUUAUAUAAAUAACACCAAUGAACUAAAUGUUUGUUUUGAGGCUAUUUAAAACACUCACAAACUUGUUUUAAUUAUCACCUCUAAAACACUUUGGUUUUCUUGGUGAAAUUAGACCCUUAAUUUCUAAAUAUAUAUUUAUAUAUGGAACUUUUUGCUUCAAUUUUCUCAGUUAAUUAAAACAACUAGAUUGUAUCAUGAAAAUUGUUUGUAUGUUCAUUGUUGGUAAUUUAGAUGCAUUCAUUAUUGUGCAUUAAUUAAUGACCCAUGUGGAUAUGAUCAAACAUGCUUUACAUCAAGUCUUAUAUACGCUAAUACAUAAUUACAUGCUUUUAAAGCCUAGAUAAUUUUAUAUUUACGACAAUUGUGAUAUUACUUUCUUAACUGUGUUUAUGCAUGCUACCGGCACCCUGUCAACUUUCCCUGUAGGAGGAAACUGGAACACCCAGAAAAAACCCAUGACUUUUGGCAUAGCAUGGACUGACUGUUUUAACUGUAUGAAUCCGUAGCGAGAAUCAAACCACGUUCUCAGAGGUGAUAGGCACUAGCCCGCGUGCAGGCCCAAGGGAAGAAUAUAAUUAUGAUGACUGCGCCACCAAAGUCAACAGUACAUAUAUUAAGUAACAUAACUAUAUAAAACAACUUGUCCAUAUACAAAACAUUAACCAAUUAUUUUGAUAAAUCAUUUUUAGGCAGUAGUCUCUAUACUGAGGAAGGAAAAUUCUCUACCAGACUGGGGCACAUAUACAUCAAAUGCCAUCCUGACUGGGAAUUAUAAUGCAACUAAGGAAGUAGAAUCAGAGCACUAUGAGCAGAUACGAGAGUUUAUGGCUUCUGAAACAGACGCUUUCCUUGUAUCUGCAACACUUCAUCAUUUUGGCAUGGCUAAUAUGAAAGAUACUCCAAAGAAAAAUCUGAUGCCUUCUGGUAGGCAAAAGGCAAAUAAUGUGGAGAAGAGAAUGUGGCUUCACAAUCAAAUAUCUGAAAUAUUUGACACCUAUGUUUCAGGCACCCUAUCCGGCGUAACCAAGGCAAAAAAAUCUGUUGAAGCUUUGUCGGUCCAAGAUACCCAUCCAUGUAGAGCUUCAGGAUGUUCCAGGACUUUCAAGUGCUCCAAAUGCAGGGUAAAUCAUGAAAAUUAA